AUGUCUUUCAAAACACACUGCCUUGGCCCCAGCCCUAGAGCCGACGAGAAGCCUCGUCGCGACUCGACUCGGGGGCUCACGGACGUCAGUGAGAGCAACAUCGCCAUUAUGCGGGACCAGCCCGCCCCUACCCCGCGUCCCACGGCCGAGCCGCUCUGGAGAGAUGAAGAGACGUAUGAGAAGUUGAGUCGCCGAAGGGCAAGGGAGCGCUCCAGGAAGCAGGGUAGCCGGGAUACCACGAAAAAGUCAUUGUUCUCACGGCCGUCAACUCCUGUUCGCCGUCUUCAGAUCUCGGGCCCGAUGGACUUUCGGCACUUGCACCAUGAAGCCGGUCCCUUUGACUUUCUUGAGCCGCCACGGCAACGUCCUCCGUCAUUUCGGCCAAUCGAGCUGAGCAUUUACAAGCCUAACAACCGGCUGUCACCAAUCUUGCCACACAUUCUAGGGGAGAACACCACCUACCCGCAGCCGCCGCCCCGGGCGUACACGGGGGACAGGGCACGAAGGGAAAUCGAUGAGGUUAUGAUCAGCCCGGAGAGGAGCAACUCGGCCAUGUCAUUCCAUCUGCCACGUCGGCAUACGCGCCAGAGCUCGGCAGUGUCUGAUGCGAGCAACCCCCCACCCAUCCCUCCUAAGUCGAGGGCUCGUGCCUACACUGCGCCAAGCACCGAGCGCAUUAUUGAACGCAUUGCUAGCAAGCUGAUAGAGAAGGAGCGGCUGCAGGCUGAGAUCGACUCCAUCAUUGAGCGCCAGAGCCUGUACCUCAAUAGCCGGCCGUCUACGAGCUAUGAUAUGACAGGCCUCGAGCCGAUGCCCUCGAUCCCGGCCCUCCCAGCAGCCGCACCCUCCUUUGCCGAGCGUCUCAGUCUCGAUGAGCGCCGUCCACGAACAGCCCCCGGCCGCGCACAAACCGUUUCCAUCCCCGAAGAUACGGUCCAACUAGCCGCCGCCCGCUCACCCCCUUACUCUCCUCCUUCUCACCCAGCCGAAGACCCUUACUUCCUCGACCGCCCGCUCGCCCCUCCCUUACCCCUCGUCCUGCGCCCUCCUCUCCGCAAAAAGAAAUCCUUCUCCCGCAUCUCGCACUGGCUUGCGCAGCACCCCUCGACGCACGGUAUCGCCGAGUUGGAGGGGGAUUCUACGUACGCCCCAGCGGCAGCUGUCACUACGGUACCCAAACCGCUGCGCGAGAGCGAUGGGUUCUACCAGUGCCUUGCCCCGCCGGAGGGGUUGCCCAGGACGAGUAUGGAGACGUCGUCGUCGGUGUAUACCAGGGAUGAUGAGGUUCUUGAUGGGGAGUCGGAUAGGGAGGAAGCUGGGACAGUACAGACUACGGUUGGCGGCACGACGAUGGUGGGUGGGUCGUCCCCGGAGCAGACGCCUAGGAAAGGUCUUCUCCUGGUGUUGGUGCAGCAUUGUGUUGACUUGAGGGAUGGUCCAACACCCGCUUCGCUCGAGCACAACGCGACCACGACCGAGCCCGAGCAUCAACCCCAGCCUAAGCCCAAGCCCAAGCUCAAGCCCAAGCCCAAGCUCAAGCCCAAGCCCAAACCCCGAACUCAGACGGCGCACUGCAUCUUCGUCGCGACAACAGAACAGCUGGUCGAGCGAGCCCAGCAACGCGCGGGUUACGUGCCCAUCCCCGGACCCGAUCCUGAACUCGACCGUGCCGCCGCAAGCAUCUCAGGCUCAGGCGCAAUCACACCGAUUCAAACUGCGAUUCAGGCGUGCGCAAAACCGGCUAGGCGUGCUGUCAAGGACAGUAACUCCCCUCGCGUCUGCGACACUCCUGGGCAAGGAUUCCAAUGCCACACGCCGAUUUCCCACUCUUGGGGGCAAUACUCCCCCUUCUUUUCAGUCCCCUCUGCCAUCAAUCCUGACCCUCCGUCGCUAGACCUAAACGGCUGCGAGCUCACCUUCGCGCAAAUCCUCUCCCGCCACGGGGCGCGCGCGCCAACCCUCGGUAAGGCUACUCUCUACGCCGCUCUUGUAGCACGUAUUCGCGAAAGUGUACCACCGGGUCAGUACGGGUCAGGUUACGAGUUCCUGGCGAACUGGGAGUAUAACCUCGGCAAGGAGGGGCUCACGCCGCUGGGCGAGCAGCAGAUGGUCAACUCGGGCAAGAAAUUCUACGCGCGAUAUCGCUCGCUGGCGCGCGAAAAUAUCCCCUUUAUCCGAGCAGCGGGCAUGGAUCGAGUCGUCAUGUCCGCAGUGAACUGGACGAGAGGUUUCUACGAGGCCCGCCGCGACGACGGCCUCAGCGAAGACGAUCACCCCUGGCCAUGGCCCAUCCUCGAGAUUCCCGAGACAAAGGAAGAAAACAACACUCUCCAUCACGGCCUCUGCACCGCCUUCGAAGAAGGCCCUUACUCCACCAUCGGCGCCUCCGCCCAAAAAACGUACUUAUCAACCUUCGCUCCCCCGAUCACAGCGCGUCUCAAUGCCAACCUUCCCGGCGCCAACCUCUCCGACGCCGACGUCAUCCUCCUCAUGGACCUCUGCCCCUUCCACACCGUCGCCUCGCCAUCGUGGACGCUUUCCCCUUUCUGCACUUUGUUCACUCCCGCCGAAUGGCAGCACUACGAUUACUACCAGACCCUGGGGAAAUGGUACGGUUUCGGCCCAGGCAACCCCUUAGGUCCGACGCAGGGCGUCGGCUGGGUGAAUGAGCUGAUUGCCCGGUUGACGGGACAGCCCGUGCAAGAUCGCACGUGUGUCAAUCACACUCUUGAUUCCAAUCCGAGGACGUUUCCCCUGAAAAGGAAGCUGUAUGCCGAUUUCGGGCACGACAACGACAUGGUUAGUGUGCUGGGGGCGUUGGGGCUGUAUGAGGGUGUCGGGGCGCUGCCGAAUGUGACGAGGAAAGAGGCUGAGGAGAUCGGGGGUUUUUCGGCGGGUUGGACGGUGCCGUUUGCCGGGAGGGUUUAUAUUGAGAAGAUGAGGUGUCGGGCUGGGGAUUGGAAGAAGAGACGCGACGGGGAGGGGGAGGAGGAGGAGGAAGAGGAAGAGGAGGAGUUGGUCAGACUGCUGGUUAAUGACCGGGUUGUGCCAUUGAGGGGGUGUGAGGCUGAUGAGAUGGGUCGGUGUAGGCUCAGUAAUUUCGUCGAGAGCCUGAAGUUUGCCAGGGAAGGGGGGAAAUGGGAUUUAUGUUGGACAUAG